UUCUUGUUGUAAAACUAUUGUUCACUAAAAAUGAAAAACGUUUUUCAUCUUGGAUCACAGUUUGUUGUAGCUGUCUUCUGGGUCCUGUAUUUGAUUGACAGAGAGCUGAUUCUUCCUCGUGCUCUUGAUGCUUUCUAUCCAACAUGGUUAAAUCAUGUGUCACAUACAACCAUCUUUCCAUUGCUACUGACUGAAAUCUGGCUUUGUCAUCACCCUCACCCCCCUCGUAAGAUAGGCAUGACCACUCUUAUCUCCUUUGUUGCUGUUUACUUAACAUGGGUGGUCUCUCUCUCAAUAGCAUUGGAUUUUUGGGUGUAUCCUAUUUUGGAGGUGUUGAACUGGAGCCUGCGUGUAGCUUUCUUUAUUGGCUGUGGCAUUAUCAUGGUACUGUUUUAUUUACUAGGUGAAUCCUUGAACAGUGCUGUAUGGAGAUCUUUUGCAGGAGCUGAGGAAAAAAAGAAAAAGUAGAUUGCUUAGUUUCCUGUAUAAGAGUUGAAUCAAGACAACUAAAUGUAAAAACAAAUGUUUGUUAGUCAAGACAUCCAAGUAAUUUUCAGAUUUCCAAUGACCAUUCUAUGAUCUUAUAGUGGUAAUCUAGUGGAAUCUGCAAUAAUUGUUAUUACUUAAUUGUUAUGUAUUUUUAUAUACAGUUCCACAGUGUUUAUUACACUAAUAAUUUUUUUACCUAUCAGUAGGUUUGCACUGAUAGCUCUCAUGUUAUAGAGUUGGAUUUUCUCAUGUUUUUAUAGAUAAAUCCAGGUAGAAGCAAAACUGGAUUUACUAUUAGUUCAAAGUUAUGGAAUUUUAUAUAUAAUUUUUACAUACAAAUAUAGAUUUUGAAUUUAGUUGGUGAUGGAUUUUAUGCUAUUCACGAUAUAUAAUUCCUUGAUUUUGAAAGCUCAAAUCUAGUGGAAACAAAAAAUUUUUAGUGGUUUAAAUUUUUAUAUAACAGUUUACGUUGCUCACUGUCAAUAUUAGAUUUUGUACUUAAUUAUCAGUGGGUUAGACUAAUAUCCAUCUUAUACAAUAAAUUUCCCACUUUCAUUGGU